GCAGAGGCAGAGGCAGAGGGAAGAUGGUGCGGUGGCGAGACCGAGGUGGGGAUAACUAAAUUCACUUGGAAGAAGGGAGAGACAGCGCACGCACACCUAUGCGAACGAUCACGGAAUUCGGAAGAACGGCGACUAACUUCGUUCGUCGGCAUUCGUAUGCGAGCCGCGGUACGACACGGGUCGCAGGCUCGUUCCGUUUGCGUUCACUGCUGCAACCCCCUGCUGGUGGUUCCCCGAUUGACGGAACGUGCAAUUGUUCCCGGUCGAAACUCUGAACCGAAGCUCGAUCUUCGAUAGAUCGUGAAAACUGGGAAAAAGAUUUUCCGCGACCGAGACUGACCGCGAUCGUCGCGAGGAUCGAGAGACGCUCGCGCGCGAUGUAGACCGGCUAUCAACGAAGAAUAGUAAAGGAAACGGUAUUUCGUAACGUUCCUCCUCAGCAAAACUCGUGGAAAGUGCUGUGUACACGCUCCGGUUCACGGUGCACUAUUCGGGGAGACGGAACAAGAGGCAGAGAAGGGAAACGAAGAAAGAGGAGAGUCACGUUUGCGUUUGAAGAAAGGCGUGCUCCCGGCCAAGCUUUUACGGUUCUGUAUUCUCGUCGAUGCGCUCCGUCGAUUCAUAUUCCAUCUAUGAACGCACGCGAGGUUUCAUCGGUGACAAUUGACGGGAUUCGUAAUUCGAUGAACGUUGCGCGGACGAUUUCGUUCGAUCUCGAUUAAUUUCGACAAUCAACCAGUGAUCGUGUUCAAGUGGUGUCGGAGCGGAUCGAAGUAUUUCAGCAAGCCGGAAGCUACCUCGACAUGAGUCUCAGAGGAACGCUCAUCCUGUUGGUCAUCGCGAACGCGGUUUACGGUCAAAACGCGACCGUGAUCACGAGCGACGGCCUUCAAGGCUACGACCCCCAGUUCAUGGUCGGAUGUUACUUUCCCGCGGAAUUCCAGGGUGAGUUCGUGACCCAGGUGAGCGGAAAGGAAGCGACCGAUACGAGCAACGAGCCCGUCCAAUACUCCACGAUCAACAUCACGUUCAACGCUAUCCCCGUCUGGGGUUACUGCCACCGGAGGAUCGGCGACAACGUCUUGUUAAUGGACAGGUACGGCGACGGCGAGUGCAUCCGAUGCUUCCGGUUGUUGAGAAGAUCGCGGAACGUCAUAGAGAUGUUCUCCGAAGACCUGAACCGGUGUUACACCUCGGAAGUCACUGCCUUGGCCUCUUGCGACAAGCUCAACUCCACGUCCAUUUUGUAUCGCACCAAGGAGAUCGGUAACGUUCCCAUCCGGAACGAGUACUGCCCGAUAACCGGCCAAUAUCAUUUCAAAUAUAGCCUCAACAACGGAUCCAUAACUCCCAUCGAGUGCAACAGCUUCUCGUCCUCCUUCAAUAACUGCCCCGACGGCUCCGUCUUGAGACUGCACUUCAGUCGCUGCAGUUUCGAAUCUCGUAGUAAUAAUACCCGUUUCAUCUUGUCCUGCUCGCGCGACUCGUCUGACAAACAAACUCAUUUCUUGCCAUUCGCAAUUCUAGUGAAUCUCACGUUCAACUGUUUGGGAAAUUGGCCCGGUCCGAACGGUUCCACGUACUUCGCGUUGAUGGACAACAGUGCGACGUACGAGGGGAGACCGCAGUACAGAUGCGGACUGUUCCACGUCGACAACACGAAAGGAAAGACGUACAUGGCUCUCAGCAGCGAUUCUAGCUGUACCCAGAAUUUAGACGACUCUACCAGCGGAUACGAGACUCUGGUCCUGAGUAAAGUACCCAGUCAGAAGAAGAUGCCGAAUUAUGUCAAGACUCACGUCGCGACGUUCCCGAAAUGGGCGCAAGGCUUAUGGGAGGAAUCGCUGAUCGUCAACGGAACCAUGACUUUCACCGAUCUCAAUGGCUAUAACAGUUACACGUUCAUUACCGUCGACUCGAACGAAGAGACUGGACGCUACAUCGUCUAUUCGAAAGAUCAAUGCGAACAAGCAGCCUACGUGUGUUUGAUGAUGAGGCAACGUAGCGAAAACGUGCUCGAGUUCACGAUAGGAAUGGUACUGAGUCCAGUUUAUCAGCCGGAUCUUUGUGACAAUCCUAAUUUAGACAAACCCGUUUGGAUGACGCAAGCGCGUGUUGAACGCGCGGUGGAAUCGCCUUGUCCGAUCACUGGCCAGUACAUGGGGAUGAUAACGGACCUGUCUGGGAUGUGUGCCGAGCUAAGUAGCAAUUGCAACACUCGCGAAAUAAUGUACUUCAAAGUCUCCGAUUGCGAGUCUGGAGAACUUUACGGAGAACGAACGUACCUGUGCCUGGGACAAUGGGAGGAAAAGGGAGUGAUGUACACUUAUACCAUGAGAAACGAUACCGAGACCAACGAGUGCUUCGUCGGUUUGAUCGUGAACGACGAAGAGAUUUAUAUCAAGGAAGCAGGCGAUCAUUGCAUUCGAAACAUCGACCCGAAGAAGGAAGGAAUGCGUUUAUACAAGAAAGGUCAAUGUUACGGAAAUUCUCCGAGCCCUGCACCGACGCCGAUGAAACCGAUUCCACACAAUCCAAUAAUGAGAAUCGCGACGACGCCCAGAUCGAGGGUGUCAGGUACCAACAAUAUAUCAGGAAACAAUAUUCCAUCGUUCGCUACAGGCACAGCAACUGCGACCUACGGUUUCACGACGUUCGCGAUACUGAUUACGUUUUACGUACAUGUUUGAGCAUCGACAUUGCCAUUUGUAGAGCGUUCUAAACUAGCAAUCGAAUCGUUACGAUAUAUGAAACGAGUGGAACGUUGACUCGAGAGAGUCUUAAGAAUUUUCUUAAUUCCGUCGAGACGAGUGAUCGAACGAUUAUACGAAAGAUGACUGCAUAGGAAUAUUUUUGAUUCGAUCUAUACAUAUCGCGCGCGUGCACACGCACGCACGCACGCACACGCACACACACACACACACAGACAGACGUCCGUUAAGAAAAAUUAUGAUAACUUAUUUUAUACUUUAUGAAUACUUUUCAUAACAUUUCUGUAGAUAAAUACCAGCACUGCCUUGUAAGAUACGGGUAAUAACAAACCGGGUACUGUACGUUACUACGAGAAUCCAAAGAAAUUCAUUCUGCUACAUCUUUUUAUGACAAACCGAUCGAGUAGAUGCAGUCACUGUUGCACGAGACUGACCGAAGUAACGACGUUGUACAGGUACGGCAGGUCUUGGAUUUGUACUUAAAUAAAGAAAUUCAUCCUGUUUA